AUAAGCAAGCUGCCCUCAUGAAGAUAACCUUUUUGACUGAGGAAUGGACUCAGUCAACCAAAGGCAGUUGUUCCACCUUCAUGAGACAGAUGGCCAUAGAACUCUCUAGACAAGAAAAUGUAGAAAUUGGUAUUUUAAUUCCAAGUGCCAGUCCAGAGGAUAAAGAAGAUGCCCAAAAAUACAACAUCAAGGUUUUUGAACCUGAAAGAUAUGCAAGCUUUGAACCAGUUGAUUGUCUGCAGUUUCCUCCACAAGGAUUUAGUACUGACUUUAUCAUUGGUCAUGGCAUUAAGCCUGGACGUUAUGGACGGGUCCUUAAGAAUUCCCUUGGCUGUAAAUGGGUGCAUGUGGUCCUGACAAAUGCAGAAGAAACAGCAAUAUUCCAGAAAACCCCAGAUGCCUUUUCUAAAGGGCAGAAACAAUACGAAACUGAGGUAGAAUUGUGUAAAAAGGCUGACAUGGUUAUAACAGUUGGCUCUAAGCUCAAUGAGACCUUUAGUUCAGCUCUGCAUCAGUGUAAGAAAGAUCAUAUAUUCAAUCUUAUACCUGGCAUUUUUGAUGAGUUUUUUGGAGAGCAAAAGCAAUACCGAAAUUCAAAGAACUUUAAAAUCUUAGUGUUUGGCAGAGGGAACACUGAAGACUUUGAACUUAAAGGUUUUCAUGUUGCUGCCAAAGCUAUGGCACAUCUUAAUAAGUAUGAGCCAUCAUACAUUCUCAAAGUUGUUGGUACCCCAGAGGGAGAACAAGAGAAACUGGCUCAGAGGUUGGAAGGUCUUGGGAUCUCUCGUAGUCAACUGAUUGUGAGAAGUUUUUACAAAGAGAGAAGAAAGCUGGCUCAGCUAUUUGUGGAAGUGGAUCUUGUUUUGAUGCCUUCAGGUACAGAGGCAUUUGGUCUCACAGCUUUGGAGGCACUGUCAGCAGGUGUACCAAUCCUUAUUACCCAUAAUUCUGGCUUGGCAGAGGCUCUAGAGAAAGUACCUUCAGGGCACGGAUGCAUAGUACAUCAAGAAGCUGACUGGGCUGAAAAAAUCAAACAAGCACGAAAAAAUCUGGAAACUGGAUUAUACGAGGCAAGCAUGCUACGUGACAAAUAUAAAGAGAAAUACAGUUGGUGGGACCAAUGUGCUGCUUUUGUGAAGAAGCUUAGGACCUUGCAUUCAGGACAUGCUGAGAAAAGGCAACAAGAGUCCCGAGGCAAAAGGUUUUCAGCUCGAAAGCAAGUGGCUGUUGCUGAUGUAAAAAAGGCGGAGAGAGAUAAUGAAGAUGGCCACAAAGCAAAGAGGCAAGAAAUUUUUAUCUUGGAUCCUAGAUCGUCCUUAAUUUGUGGUUUAGGGGUCUACCCAUCAGAACCUGGCAAAGAAGACAGGAGCGUGAUUGAAAUUGGUUCAUCAGAGGAUGAGGAUGAAAGUUCUGAUGAUGAACCAUGUGCCUCUGGACAAAAUGUGGCUGGACGUGCUGAGGAAAUGCAACAAGAGUCCCAAGGCAAAAGGCAUUCACCUCGAAAGCGAGGGGCCGACCCUACUAGAGAUUCAGACCAGUUUGCAUCAAAUGCAGAUUCUUCAAAAUGUGUUGAGGAAAUUGAUCAGGAGUCCCAAGGCAAAAGGCAUUCACCUCAAAAGCGAGGGGCUGGUUUUACUGACCUUUCUGGGGAUCCAGACCAGUUUGCAUCAAAUGCAGAUUCUUCACACGUAUCUGGGAAGCGACACAAAGAGGGAGAAGUAAGUAAUGAUGACCUUCAAACACUUGGCAAAGCUAUUGGUGUCAAGUGGGAUCGACUGGCACGUCGACUACCUGGAAUUAAGGAAGAGGACAUAGAAGAAAUUGACGACAGAUAUAAAAAUUUGUCUCAAAGGGGAUUUCAUAUGCUGAAACUGUGGAAAACAAACAAUGGGGAAGCUGCAGACUACAAGACUUUACAUGAUGCAUUAGUCCACAGUAUG